UUGACCGCCUGCAUGGAAAGAUAGAGAAAGACGCGUUAUCCCUUUACGACCCUCCAACACAAUAACCACUUCCACGCCUCCUCCUCCUCCUUCUUCUUCUCUCUCUCUCUCUCAUAAAACCCUACCAAAACACCAACACUUCCAGCCUGAUCGAUUCUUCGAUCCUCUUUCACCGGUUUUAUGUAGCUAGAGUUUAAUCAAUAUUGUAGAGAUGGAUAAAGUGUCUUCGUCACGGGAGCGUGCACAACGCCUUUAUGAGAAGAAUCUUGAAUUGGAGAAUAAGCGAAGGAGAUCAGCUCAGGCGCAGGUCCCAUCAGAUCCAAAUGCUUGGCAGCAGAUUCGGGAGAAUUAUGAAGCAAUAAUUCUUGAGGAUCAUGCUUUUUCUGAGCAGCAUAAUAUUGAGUAUGCUCUGUGGCAAUUGCAUUAUAAGCGGAUUGAGGAAUUGAGGGCAUACUUUAAUGCUGCUCAUGCUUCUGUAAGCUCAAAAUCAUCUCAGGGAGGGAAAGGUCCUGUUCGACCUGACCGGAUAACUAAAAUAAGGCUGCAGUUUAAGACUUUCCUUUCAGAAGCAACUGGAUUUUACCAUGAUCUUAUUAUGAAAAUCAGAGCAAAGUAUGGGCUUCCACUUGGUUACUUUGACGACUCACAGAAUAAUGUUGUCACGGAGAAGGAUGGAAAAAAAUCUUCUGAGAUGAAGAAAGGUUUAAUAUCUUGUCAUCGUUGUUUGAUAUACUUGGGUGAUCUUGCACGCUACAAAGGCUUAUAUGGUGAAGGUGACUCAAUAAAGCGUGAGUUUGCAGCAGCUUCUAGUUACUAUUUACAAGCUGCAUCUAUUUGUCCUACAAGUGGAAAUCCCCAUCAUCAGCUUGCUUUGUUGGCUUCAUAUUCUGGGGAUGAGCUGGCAGUUAUUUAUUGUUAUUUUCGGAGUUUGGCUGUGGAUAGUCCAUUUACAACUGCCAGGGAUAAUUUGAUAGUUGCAUUUGAGAAGAAUCGUCAAAGUUACUCUCAGCUUUCUGGUGAUGUUAAAGCUCUUGAAGUCAAUGGAAGAGGAAAAGGGGAAGCAAAACUUGUGAACAGGGAUACUGGUGUGGAUACCUGUCUUAGAAAGGGAGGAGCAUCCAAUAUACAGGACACUUACAAAUCCUUCUGCACACGCCUUGUCCGUCUAAAUGGAAUCUUAUUCACUCGUACAAGCCUUGAGAUCCUCACCGAAGUUCUCUCUCUUGUUAGCGCUGGCCUGCGUGAGCUUUUAUCAUCAGGGCAAGACGAAGAGCUGAAUUUUGGCACAGAUACUCUUGAGAACAAACUUGCCAUUGUCAGAAUUGUUUCCAUUAUCAUAUUUACAGUUCAUAAUGUGAAUAAGGAAUCUGAAGGUCAAACAUAUGCAGAAAUUGUACAGCGUGCUGUUCUACUUCAGAAUGCAUUCACUGCAGCUUUUGAAUUGAUGAGUUUAGUAGUAGAGAGAUGUAUGCAGCUGUGGGAUCCUUCUUGUAGUUAUCUCUUACCAGGCAUUUUGGUUUUUGUUGAGUGGUUGGCAUGUUAUCCAUAUCUUGCUGCAGGCAAUGAUGUGGAUGAGAAUCAGGCAACUGUCAGAUCAAAAUUUUGGAAUCAUUGUAUAUCCUUCUUGAACAAGCUACUUUCAGUUUGGCCCAUGUCUAUUGAAGAUGAUGAAGAGGAGACUUGCUUUAAUAACAUGAGCAGGUAUGAAGAAGGGGAAACUGAAAACCGGCUUGCUCUGUGGGAGGAUUUUGAGUUAAGAGGAUUUGGUCCACUUCUCCCUGCACAAACCAUCUUGGAUUUUUCAAGGAAGAAUAACCUCGGCAGUGACAGUGAAAAGGAAAGAAAAGCUCGGGUCAAAAGGAUUUUGGCUGCCGGAAAGGCUUUAGCCAAUGUUGUUAGGAUUGAUCAGAAAAUGAUAUAUUUUGACUCAAAGGGAAAGACAUUUGUAAUUGGUGUUCAGCCUCAAAUCUCAGAUGAUUUUGUUAUUUCCUCCUAUUCAGGUAUGCCUAAUGCAGAAGAUUUAUUGAAAGACAACACCGUAGUAGACAAGACAAAAGUCGGAAUCGGUCAUCCAGACCACCAACAGUACAUUGAAGGAGAGGAGGAUGACGAGGUUAUUGUUUUCAAACCUAUAGUGGCUGAGAGACGAGCUGAUGUGGUUGUUGCCUCAUCACAGGCACCCCAUGAAGGUUUAGAAUCAGUUCCAAAAGCUUCUAUUGGGGAUAUAAAAUUUAAUGUUAAUUCUACUUCUAACCCUCUGAAUGAUGCAAAUCAUCAAAUUUCUUUACCUGCUUCUGUUAGUCCUAUGAUGCCUCAACACCUACAACCAGUUCAGCCACAUUCUUCGAGGUGGUUAGAGGAGGAAAUAUCUCUUGCUAACAGUUUGAAAGGACUUAGAUUCUUGGAGAAUGGGCACGUGAUGAAACCUGACUUACCAUUUAAAGCUGCUGUGGCAAUCUCUGACCAUGCUGCACUUGCAGUUCCUACCCAGCAAUCUGUAAGUGCUAGUACUAAUAUGUUUUAUGCUCAUGAUCUCUCAAAAGCUGAAGACUUUGCAAUAUCAUCCAAAAUUGAUGCCAUUGCAUCUUCUGGAACAUUCACUGAUAACUCUGUUGUGAAAACAUCAUCCACCUUGCAAGCUGGUUUGAAAAAAUCUCUGGUCAGCCGACCUUCUAGGCACCUUGGACCUCCUCCUGGUUUCAGUCAUGUUCCUCCUAAACAAGGUUCACCCACUGUUUCUGAUUCAAUUAGUGGGAAUCCAAUUAUGGAUGAUUACAGUUGGUUGGAUGGAUAUCAGUUGCCUGCAUCAACCAACGAUUUAGGCCCUGAUGGUCCUCUUACUUACUCUCAGUCAAAUCCUCAUCAAAUUGGUUUGAGUGGGACAGCCAGUUUUCCCUUUCCUGGAAAACAAAUUCCAUCUACACUGCAGGUGGAGAAACAGAAUGGUUGGCGAGAUUUUCAGACUUUGGAGCUUUUAAAAGCACACCAUAAUCAGCAGUUGCAGUCACAGUUGGCCCCAAAUGGAAAUCAGCAUUUUACUCCACUGCCUGAGCAAUUUCAAGGACAGUCAAUCUGGACAGGUUAAUAUUUGGUGUGAUGUCGCUCGUCAGUAUGAGAAUAUUGAUGAUCCUUGAAGGAUUAUUACAAACGUGCUGCAUUCCUUUGCUACCCCUUCAAACUCCAACUCUACUUCCUUGUCAUUGAUUUUUUGGAGUUUAUCUGCCUAGACAUGUUGCAGGAGGUUGCUACUACAAAAGAAUUUGCUGAGCUCUCAAGUCUGGUUGAUUGAAGAUAAACAAGCAUCUUUAUGGUGGACAGAGGGUGAUAAAUAAAAUCCAGUCAUCUUGGAGCUUGUAUGUAUCUUCUGGAAUUGGUGGUAUAACUAUGGUUUGUUCACUUCUCUAGUGGAAAUGUCAUAAUGGUGCGCCAUGCGCCAUGCGCCUGUAAGAAUUUGUUACCGUCUUCUAGCUGCUGGUGAUACAUGAUGCUAGCCCCUUUUUUUACUACCUCAAAGCUUCAGACUAGUUGGGAAGAUUGGUAGGUAUGAAGCGCUCGUCUAUAGUUGGAUAAUGGGAUAUGAUAAUGACUUUGUGAAGCAUGCUUAAGUACAAGUGUCUAGUGGUUUGCAUCUGUGUUAGUGUUAUCGUGUUUAUAUAACCAGUGAUAUACAUACGGUUUACUUUCUCCCUUUUACCUAGUCGGGGUUUACUCCAACUUAUAAAUAAGUAAUCCUUGUUGGAUGGUGGAUUAUGGAUAUGUCUUGGUCUUAUAGGAAAUAUAUCUAUCUAAAGUAGGGAUUUAAUUGUC